AUGCCUUCCACCGCCUCCGCCUCCGCCUCCGCCUCCGCCGCCGACUCGCAGCCUCCCGACUCGUCGCAAUCCGUCUCGCACAGCGCGUCCCUCAACGGCACCAACAGUGAAGGCGCCGUCCAGCCGGCCAAUGCUGCCGUCAGCACCAAUGGAACCGACAGCGCGCCCGGCGACAGCGACGCGAUACGUGACAGCAAGCAAAAAGCCAAGGCCGUCAUGGCAGCCUCGGGCGUAAACCUCACAGGCGCACAAGCUGCCAUGCCAUCUCCAGACUCGACCGAGCCCAUCAACGGCGCGUCGCCCAGUCGCAAACGGUCGCGUUCAGGCACGCGCAAGCCGUCCCACAGCCCGACCCAGGACGAACUGCCGCGCCCGAUCGCCUCGCAGAAGCAUCUUCUUGACCGCUACAUUGCACGCGACCUCUUGGACAGCGUCAACAAGUACGAGCGCAACAAGCACUCGGAACGAGUCUACAGCGAAUUGAACGACUUGCGCCACUUUUAUCGCGACGAGGUCUAUCCUGUGCGCCGACUGACACCUGGCGCAAUCUUUGGCUAUGGAUACGCCGGAUAUGGCAACGGCGUGACCGACGUUCCUCCCCCUCGAGACCCUCGCGCGCCCUCGCAAACUCACCUGCUGUACCCGGAGAGCGCCAAGCGCGCAGGUCGACGUCUUGCGCCACAGUUGAAAGUGGAUAGAGAGAAAGGAUCGCAGCAAGCAGAGCAGAUUGAAGAGCUGGUACCGGUACGACUGGAUAUCGAGUUGGAUCGCCUGAAGCUCCGAGAUACAUUCACCUGGAACUUGCAUGACCGCGUCACGAACCCCCUCCUCUUUGCGCAGACACUCGUCGAGGACUUUCAGAUACCACCAGAGCUACGGCAGACUGUCAUCCAGCAGGUGGAUCGCGAGAUCAACGAACAGCUGCAGGACUACUACCCACACGCCUUCUUCGAUGAUGACCCGCUGGAUCCCUCGUUGCCCUAUUCCGCCUACAAGAACGAUGAGAUGCGGAUAUUGAUCAAGUUGAACAUCACCAUUGGUCAACAUACGCUUGUGGAUCAAUUCGAGUGGGAACUUAACAACCCUUUGAACCAGGCAGAGGAUUUUGCAAGACAAAUGGCAGCCGAUCUUUCACUGUCCGGAGAAUUCACCACGGCCAUUGCGCACUCAAUUCGAGAGCAAUGCCAGAUGUUCUCAAAGAGCUUGUACAUCACAGGCCAUCCAUUCGACGGACGGCCUGUGGAGGACACCGACAUACAGGACAACUUCCUGACAUCGCCUCUGCCGUCUGUAUUCCGACCCAUGCAGUCAACCAAAGACUACCAACCGUACCUCUACGAGCUCAGUAAUGCCGACCUGGAACGAGCCGAGUUGUCGAUUAUGCGUGAGCAAAGGCGACAGAAGCGCUCCGUCAACCGACGUGGAGGACCCGCGUUGCCAGAUCUCAAGGAUCGUCAACGGACCGUUCGUACGCUGGUAGUGUCUUCUGUGCUCCCCGGAGCAGCGGAGACCGUGGAAGAGAGCCAGCUGUUCAAGGCAACGCGCAAGGUAAAGGAAGGUCGCCGUCGGGCUGGUGAGGGAAGCUCAGAUGAAUCGGACAGUGAUGAUUCUGUGAUGGAGUCACCCGCACCAGCAACGAUGACUGGCGGUACAGCUCGAACACGUGGUAUGCGGGGUGCUGCUACGGCCGCACAAGCUGCCAUGAGAUCCGCAAUUGGGCGAUCAGCAACUCCGGAGAUCUCUGCGCUUCAGAAUCAUCACGAGACCAGGACCGCAAGACAGAUGCGAUACGAAGCGCGCGAUGAGAGCGUUUCGGAAGCCAACACUUUUAUCGUAAAGCUUCGCAUAUCACCAGCGAAGCUUAGGGAGUGGCAGAGAAACCCAAAGGCAUUCUCCAAGACUGCAUCAACGCCGAUGAUGGCACCUGCACAGACACCAUCUCGAAGUACACCCACCGCAAACUCGAUGCCUCCCCCACCCUCACCGGCCAUGCCUCCUCGGUCUACCCCUGCGGCUGAAGCUUCCCCACGGCCAACUUCGACACCUACCCCGACUCCUCAAGCCCCGAAGCAGUGGCAGUACAAAUACAAUGGCUCUGUAGAGGCAACAUGGCCGAGCCCUCCCACAUCCCAGCAUCCUCCACCGGCACCCUGGGUCCAGCAAGCGUUAGCAGAGUUGCAGGAGAGACAUCCAGAACAUUUGUUCGAGCCAACUAUGCGCUACGUUGUCAUGAAUGAGGCCUAUGUCAACCCUGAGACGAAAAAGACGGAAUCCAAGGCCGUCAAACAGGACAACCUGGAUGAUUCGGCACCACUUCCACCAAACCACAAAGCGUAUUUUCUUCCGCGCAUACGGUGCUUGGACUGCCCCGGCAAGCUGUACAAUGCAGGACCAGAGCAGACAGUCAGCAAUUUCGAGUUGCACCUCAAGAAUCGUCAACACCUCAACAACCUGGGGAAACGAAGAGGAACAAGUACUUGA